CUCUUCCGGCUGCAUUGACACUGGUGUGGAAAAGAUGGCUGCUGCUUCGGCGGCAACGGCGAGUUCUUCCCCCGGUUUGUGUCCAAAUUACGCCGUGAUUUGCUCUUUCUUGGAGCGUUACGGAGCAUUGUUGGACUUACCGGAGCUCACCUUUCCUCAGCUGGAGAGAUACCUGCGGGACUCAUCCUCAGGUGAGGCAGAAAAGCACCUGGCUGCUCGCGGGAGGAGGAGAUACUUCAUUAAUGAUGAUUGUACCGAGCUAACAGGCUAACAGCUAGUCGUGUGUUAUUGUGUGCUUUUCCAACCUCGCAGUGUGUUUAAAUGGGAGAUAACUGCAGCCCAGAGCUUCUGUUCGAGGGGGGAAACGCAACUAUUUAUAAUUUUAUGAUACUUUACGUGUAAAGACACCAGAUUUGUCGAUCUUUUCUCUAUUGUUUCAGCAUUUCAAUUGGGCUUAAUUUUUCCAGCAGCCUUUAUCCGCAGCUGUAACGUUACUCUCAACACAACAGACAGAAAAAUGUGCUAAAAUUAGUGUGUGUGAGGAUCUAACUCUGGUAACUAUUCAUGCUACGCGUCGUGGAUUUUGAUAACCCACUGGGUAAGAUGUCACGGCCAGCAGCUGAGGCGUAAUUGUGCACUUUAUUUACACUUAAUUUUUGUCAUGGAGUGGUUCGCACAGCUUCUGUCAAGCUAUCGUCACUGCGCUCAUAUCCGGUGGAACCUUUCAAAAUAAAAGCCACGAUUAAAUCCCUUAUAAAUACGCUACUUUCUUUAUAACUAAGCAAUGCAAAGCUGGCGAAUUUUAAUAAUUAUGCCGAUAAUUACACACAUUUAAAUCAUUGUUGGCGUAAUUGUUACAUUAAGUAAAGGUACUCGACUUCCCUUCGUGGAGCUAAUUUCCGCUGCCUUGACUUUCUUUUUAAUUGAGCUGGGCUCGUUAGCGCACGUGCUGCCCCGUCUGAACUCUUCCCGACGGAAACUUGGAUCAUGUUUACACGUUAAUUUUUCCCGUCGUUUCAGUUUUAAGCCCAUUUAUUGUUAAAAUUCACAGUCUUAUUUCGAAAGUGGACAUGUUAUAUUUAACUUUUUAAUGUAAAAGCAAUACACGGAUGGUAAACUGAUUAAACUAUGUACCACCAUUCAGACUGUGAGAUUUAAAGUAAAACAAAGUAAAAUUUGCAUUGUCGUGUAAAAGAAAUAGCUGUUGCAACAAUAAUGACAUUUUCAAGUGGUUGAGUAUUUUGAUAUCCAUGUCUCUUUUAGGCCUUUUAUUGUUUUAUCUCUGGCUCAUUUCUGUUGCUCUGUUUAAUCAUUACAAUGAUUAUCAGUAUGACCUCUUAUUAUUUUAUUAUCAUUGUCGAUAUUACCUUUUUGUAUUUACUAUCCUAUUUCCGCUUUCGACCCCCCUUUUAAUGGCAUUUUCUUUUUUCUUCAUUAUUUUAUGUUUUUAUUUUGGUCCUCAUGGUCUCAUUUUUAUGUUGCAUGGUUCUUGAAUUGUCUGAAAAUGGCCUUCAAUUCCGUUUUAACUUAACUUUUUGUUUGUAUCCGUCUUUUUCCCUGUGCUCUAUGACUACAUGUCAAAGCACUUUGUAAACCUCUGUUUUUAAAAGGGCCAUACAAAUAAAGUUAUUACUUGUCUUAGAGGCAUGCCUGUAUUUCUUUUCCUUGUUGAAGUCAAGUUUUUGGGUGAAGCCUUCUUGGUUUCCAGUUUUAUCAUUUGCGCUGUCCAUUAUUGUCACUGGUGUGAGCUUUCAUCUUAAUGAGCACUUAUCUUGUUAUGGAUUAAAAGCCCUCUGCUGUCAGUGGAUGCAGUUUUAACUGUGAAAUAUCUUAAGGAUACAUUAAAACAAACAGAUGUUUUAUAUGACUCUUGUCUCUGUUCUUCACUGCAUGUUAAACUGAGAUAUGUUUGACCGACUGAGUGACCCUAUGGUAUUUUCUUAUCUUUCCUCAGUUCCAAAGCUGCUGGUUGAGCUUCACGUCAAGUUACUGAGGAAGAUCGGCAAGUCUGUCUCAGCAGACAGAUGGGAAAAGUAUCUAGUAAAGGUAAUUAUUACAUUUGGGGUUUGAUUUUUAUUUGAUCUUGUGGCGCUGUCAGAAAGAGUAUUGUUAAGUUGACAAAAGAUAUAGGCAUCAAGAUAGGUGAUAUUUGAUAUUAUGUUGACAUGAAAACAGUUAGAGCUGCAUUUCUUUGACAUUGAAGAGACUGCGGACACAUCCAAUAGAAACCCGACAAUACUGGGGCAAAUUGUAAAAGCCUCUCAGACGGAUAUGCACAGAAUUCAUCGCCCACUUUUUACUGUUUUUCUGACUGAUUUAAGCCGUAGUCAAGCUUUCUUUUGGAUCUUUUUUUGUUUUUGUCUUGCAAGUUUUGUUGGUGGACUUUGGUUUAGGUCUGUAAAACUCAAUACUGAGCUGAAGGGGAUCCACAGAUUUGAGGAACAUCUUGCACAUUAGUCAUCGGAUUCCCAUUGAUAUGAAAAAUAUUGAUUUGUGCUGCUGCAACAUCAGCAGAAAAGCAUCUGAAUCAUAUUUACACUGUCGACAGGAUGUGAAUUCUCCAUUAGAGUCAGAUUUAAAUUUGAUGAAACUCUCAAUAAAGCAUUCAUGGCAUGUAUCCCAUAUUCUCUCCGGUACAUAGACAAUAACAGGAGAAUUUAAAGGUUCACUGUUCUGAUUGUUGUCAGUGAUUGUCUCAGUAGAGGUUCAUAUUCUUUAUAACUUGGUACUUAAAAGCUGCAGAGGUGAGAGAUGCUUUGACUAUAGAAAUGAUGCAGUAAAUCACAGUUAAUAUGUUAGUCAAUACAAACUCAUUUUCUAUUAAUUAAAAAAAUAAACAGUGAAGAAAUGUUGAUUUUGAUGCCUGGAUUAACUGAUUGACUUUCCUUGUAAUCCUGCAGAUAUGUCAAGAGUUCAACACAACAUGGGCAUGGGAACUGGAACAAAAAGGAUACAAAGAGAUGACGGUGGAGUGCAAGACGGGGAUACUUAAAGUAAACACAGAUUUUAGUUGUAGUUUCUCUUUCGUAUGUCUUCAAACCUCUGUUGUGUUUCCCUUCUUAUUUAUUUUCAUUUUCUUAUUUUUCAAACAUCAUAAACGCUGAUUAAUUCAUCAUGAAAAAAUGGCACAUUCAUUUAAAAUUGAAUUUUAUUUCCCCAUGAUUUAUCGUUCACUCGUUCUGCUCCUUCUUUUCUCCCGCAGUAUUUGUGUGAGUGUCAGUUUGACGACAAUGUCAAGUUCAAAGCCGCCAUCAAUGAGGAGGACCCGGACAAGAUGCGGCUGCAGCCGAUCGGCCGGGACAAAGACGGUCAGAUGUACUGGUUUCAGCUGGACCAAGACGACAACGUCCGAGUUUAUGUGGAGGAGCAGGACGACUUGGACGGGUCGUCCUGGAAGUGCAUCGUCAGGUGAGCCAAAAAAAGGGAGUUUAAUUCAAAGUGUGAAAUGAAAUUGAAGUGAAAUGCUCUCCUUUGUCGCUGCUCGAUAUGUUACCUCAUAUUUUUUUUCUCUCUGUAGAGAUCGAAACGACCUGGCCGAAGUUGUUGCUCUGCUGAAGACACAAAUCGACCCCGAGCUGUUAAAGAGAGAUCUGGAAAAAAAAGCUGAAGAAGAGGCAAAAGCCAAAACAGAAGGGGGAGGUAAGACCUUGAAAUAGCCAGUGCGUUACUAAAGUGUGUUGUUGACGUCUUAAACAUACUGCAGGUUUAUAUUUCUAGUUAUUUUCUGUAUGAAUCACAGAGGGGAGCUAUAAUUAUGUUAUUAUGGAGGUCUAAAGAGGGAAACACACCUCACAUGGCCGUGGCGGCUCGAGAGAGAGCGAGAACAUCAACAACACUGAGCAGCGAUUUUCUCCUGAGCAUUCAACGUGUUUGUCUAUAAGAACCCAAAAUCUGUUUACUGCUCGAUACAUCCCUUCAGUAACACAGGGCCUGGUUUGAUUUGCACAUUUUAAACUUUGAUGGAAAAUAUAAUAAUCUAAUUCAGUCCUUAAAUCUAAUAACAUCAUUGUUUUCUUGUUGUUUUCCCCUCAUGAUUCAUGUCCAUUUAUACUCUUUAUCUGCAUGACAUGAUCUGCAGAUUUUCUUUACUGUCAGUUCAUUCUGUUUGUUGAUGUUUGUACUCUUAUUUGCGUUGCAGGUGAAGCUAAAAAGACCGACAGCUCCUCAGACGAAGACGGUAAGGACUCUAAAAAGCCUCUCUCUCCAAAAAAGGAGGAUAACGAAAAAGACAACUCAAUAUCUGAGGCGUCAGAGGAAAAAUCAUCUCUGAAUGGCGUCGUCGAAGUCAAACCAGAGGCAGAGCUGCAUUCAGAGAAACCCCCGGCGGAUUACAGCAUCAGUGCAACAGCGCAGAGCAUCAAAGAAGAGCCGAUGGAGGUGUCGGAAAAUAAAACAAGCAGCACAACAAGCGAACCCUCCUCUGAGACGCCAGGAGAGAAGGAGAAGUCGGUAAAAGGCGAAAAGGGAGAGGAGCCAAAGAAGAACAGCACAGAGGAGAUUCACCAGGUCAUGAAGAACGACCAACAGGCCAAAAUCCCUCUGAAGAAACGAGGGAUGAAGUUCAGUGAAGACUUUGAAAAGAACAGCAGCAUCAUCGUACAAAACCCGUCCGUGACACAAGUCAAAGAAGCUCCGAAAGCUGAUGUGACUCCUGACCAGACGAAGAAAGCUCCGAGUGUCAACGAUCAUGUUAACGGAGAAGUUCAGCCCGUUCUGCAGAAAGAGCUCAAGAGUAAAUCAAAAGACGCCGCCGCUAUAGAGCAGACGCCCGAACCCGCUGCAGGUAAAUCUGUGGAAAAAAGAGAAAAAGACUCACCAUCCACGGAUCAGGACAGAAUGAAAGAUAAGAAUAAUGAGGCUGGUCCAGAGAAGAUCACACAAGAAGCUGCAGCAGCACAGAAAGCCGGUGUAGACCAGAAGAGUCAAGAUGUGCAUGUAGAGAACCAAAACUCUGCAUCAAAAGAACAGAAAGAAGGAGCACACGAGUCUCCCCCGAUGCCGACCGAACCACCACCUUUGCAAAAAGACGUGAAUAAUGCACUCGAGAAGUCAUCGAAUCAUGAAAAAGUAAAAGAGAAGACGGCGGAAGUAAAAGAGUCUCGUACAGGAGACGAGACGACAUCAAUAGAAACUGAUAAAACAUUAAAAACAGCCGAGUCAAAGGAAGACGAAUCAAAGGAUCAAGAGGAAAAGCUGCCGUGUGAAGACAUGGACACGUCAGAGACGAGUCAGACGGAAGAAACAAAGGCGGCUGAAAACGUAACGGAGAAGAAAACAACAGAAACAAGUGCUGCUGAAGAAACGACAAAGCCCCAUUCAGAGAAAUCCGAUCUAAAAGAGAGUCAGCCAGGAGUCAUCAAAAAACACGAGACUGAAAGUGACGACAAAGAUCACAUGAAGCAAUCCUGCGACUCUGAAAAGACAGGAUCCACGCUUGUUGAUGAAAAGACGGAUAAGCGAACACAUGGCGCCGAUCAAGAGGCACAAAAAGUUCCACAAAGUCCCGUAGACGUAAAGAAGGAUGAAACGCCAACCGUCAUCGAGAAAGCAGAAGAGAGAAACGAUAAAGAGAGCGUAAAGUCUUCUGUUGUUCGAGAGCAAGACGAAUCAGAAUCAUGUAAACCUGCGGAGAAGAGCGACGGCAUCAAAGACGUGGAAAUGACUUCAGAGAAAGACGGCUCUGAUACCAACGCUGGGAAAACCAAGGAGGAGAAGGAGGAGAAGCCUGAAGAUGUAAAGAAACCUGCCAACUGUGACGACGGUACGAUACAUGACACCAGCAAGACAAGCGACUCCACGCCUACAGAGGCAACAGCCAGAAAACCCGAUGUGACGAAAAGACAAGAGGGCGACAAAGCUGAGAUGAGAUCGGUAUCAGAAAAGGCGACAGAAGAAGCAUCUGGUGGGAAAGCUGAACCGCCGAGUCCUGCUGAGAAGUCAAAAGCAGCAGGAAAAGACCGUAAAAAGUCUGAUAAGCCGGAUGCAGAAGAGGAAAAAGUGUCUGAGGAACAGCCCAAAGAAGUCGAUUCUUCACUAGAGAGUAAAAAGGAGGAAAAGAAAGAGAAAGAAAAUGACACUGAGAAAGAAAAUGAGGCCGACAAACCUACAUGUCAAGAAAAAGGAAGCAAAGAGGAUUCCACGAUAGAUAAACCCUCCAAAAAAACUGAAACAGAGGAGGAGAAAGACGCUCAAAAAGAGAGCGAACCCUCGGCCAAAACAGAGGAAUCCAAACACCAAAAUGCAAGUAAAGAACCAGUGGAGAAAUCCUCGAGUAGAACCAGGAAAGCCAGAAAAGAACCCGACCCGGAAAAACCCACUGACGAGGAAAGUAAGAGCAAAAGUGAAGAAGAGUCCGCAGCGAAGAAAGAGGUAGCAAACGGCGAGGAAGCUCCAUCAGACGCUCAAAAGAAAAAUCCCCGGCGGAGGAAAAAGCCCCCGGUGCACCGAAGGAAAGCUGAACUUCAGAGAGAAGAGAGGCAGGGGGACUCGGAGUCCGACACAAACACGGGGAUGUCCCUGAGACGGUCGCCGAGGAUAUCCAGACCCACGCCGAAAGCUGUGGAGAUCAACGACAGGAAGCUGGAGAGGUCGCAGGCCGAGAAGGGGGAGGACAAAGUGAAAGAAAAAGAAGGGAAGAAGGACAAGGAAGGGGAGGAAGAGGAGGAGGAAGAAGAAGAGGAGGAGAAAGUUGUUCAGAAGAAACCGAGAGAGAAAAAGACGAAUCAGGAGGGUCAGCCCAAACCCAAGGUAAGAAUCCUCAUCAGACUCACCUGUCUCUUUGUUUUUGUUCUCUUCAUGCGCUGGCUGGAAGUUUUUUGCCGCUGCUGUCAUUCUGUGUUGUCUUUGCCAAAAUGGCAAAACUGCAUAUCGAGAGAGAGAAAGAUUUGCGAACGCUAGCUGUGUGUGUGGACAUGCUGCUGAUGGUUUUUCAAAAGAUAAGACGCGUUCAAAAAGGCAGAGAAAUGGUUCGAGUAAAUGGAAAACAAAUCAGUAAUUUAAGGAAAAUAUAGCGUUGAAGGUGAUUUAAGUGUGUCUGCAACAGGGAUGGGCAAAAGAUUAUCGUUCACGAUUUAUCAUCCGAGAAUUUCUCCAGGAUCAAUAUUUGACAUCUCGCGAUAAACACGAUAAAAUGCAAAGUGAUGACGUAAGCGCAAGUGAAGGACUAGCAGCCGUAGCCCACACAGAUCAGAAUAACAAACAAACGUGGCCGAAGGCGGCGAAGAAGACGUUUCUGAGCAGCUUGAAGGAUUUCCUUCCAGAUUGAGGUUUAGACGAGUUCGAUCAAGGAUGCCUGACAUCAGUAGAUCUGCUCACUCUGUGCAAGAAGAAUUUUAACAUUUCACUAGUUUUCUCUCUAAACUACCACUUAAACUUGUGGUUAAGUACCUUAUUUGACCGUGCCAGCUGGAAAGUGCCAUCCAAGAACAAUAAUUGUGAGAUUCUCAAGACAAAAUGAAGACAAAAACAUAUUAAUUGAUAUGAAUUUUAAUAUUUUUUAUUGGGACUCUUAUCGUUAUCGGCACAAUGGGAAAACUUGUCGUGAUAAAUAUUUUUGUCUGCAACAAACAUGAAGUGUAUGUCUGAAGGAGAUGCUAAUAGAGCUAAACAAACUGGGUCCUACAGAUCAGAGAUACAGACCGAGCAGAACCAGGACUUGAGCUGCAUGAAAUCCUGCAUGUUUCUGCAGGGAUGUGGACGCAUUUUAAAGCUCCUGACAGCUCCAGAAGUUAAAAUUCAUUUUGUAAAGUUUUGCUGCUUUUGUUUCAGCAACCAGCACCCCCUUUUUUGGCCUAACCUCUGAUUGAACCGUCCAACUAAGCCAUAAUUAUUCGGUUAAAAAAAAUAAUCAAAGUUGGAGAAAAGUUUUUCUUCCUUAAGUUUUUUAAAAUUCACAAACAGAGAAUAAGCUACCAACCAAAUUGUUUUCUCUAAACGUUUGUGAAUGUUUAUUAGCUCGUCUGUGCAGUGUGUCCUCUCUAAAAUCAUUUAUUAUUUGGUCUUUGUAGAGACAAAAAAAUGAGAUAAAGACCGAGAUGUGUCCCCUGCUGUCUUGUGUUCGACCUUCUUGGAUGCACAUUGAGUCAACGUGUUUUGUUUCCUCCAAGGGGAGAAAGAGAAGGAGGGUCCGGUGGUCCAACACGCGAACGCGCCGUAAAAAGAAAGGGUCAGAGGAGGACGACGACAACAGCGAGGAGUCGUCCAGCGAAGAGGAGGAGAGCGAGGAAGAGGACGACAGCGACGAGGAUUACAAGGUGGAGCGAAGCAGAAAGAGACGGAACCGCAACCGAGAAAGACGAAGCUCGGACUCGUCGACAUCCUCAGACGACGACCUACCUCCAAACGACGACCCCUGCAAACAUUGUGGUCUUCCGAAUCACCCAGAGCUGGUAGGAACUCACAAGGUGUCAUCUUGUACAGACUGUUAGAAACAUGAUCGUCUUUCUUACUGCGCUCAGGUUUGUGGACAUUCAAGACAGAAAACAGUCACCAGUUGUUUGGGAUGGGGAGUUGAUUAGGUGGUGGUGAGAAGAUGAAAUAUGAUCCAGGGAGACGAGUUCAAAGAGCUGAAAGACUUAUCGCUCAUGGAAACACCAAACAGCUGUUUAUAAUAACAUGAGACCAGGUCUUAAAACUCCUGAAAGUCACCAGGGCACCCAGCACCCAGGUUUAACUCACUGAUUACAAAAUGAAAGUAUCAUAUCAAGAGCGCAGGGUGGCGUCUGACUUGGUAAUCAUGUCCAAACAGUAGGGUUGGGCGGUUUCCAAAUGUUGGUCCCGUUGAAACCGCUGCACAGAACGAACUCGGGGUCAAAUGCAUCUUCACAGCAGUGAGUGAGUGGUUGAUUCGGAGGUGUUUCCAUUUCUUCCAUCACCUUUUUAUUAAACUAUAUAUUACUUUAUUUCUAAAAAAACAAAAGAAAAACACUAUUUUGCUUCCUCCGUCUUACUCCACUCUCUUUUUCUCCCUCGCCCCUGUCAAAGUUGCGGUUUUGGUGGUACCGUUCGAGAUUACCCUAAUAUAUACCAUACAGCAUAUAUUGACAGAAAGCACAGAUUCUCAGCUUUCUCAAACUUUCAAGGAGUUACAGUCUUGAGAAGCUGUGUUGCGCUCUGCCGAUACUUCCUGUGUUUUGCAAUGACUGCCUACCUCAUAUGGUUACGUCUACCGUCGUAAUUCCCACAACUCUCAGCUUUCCAACUAAGGCUGCACGAUAUUGGAAAAAACUAACAUUGCGAUUUUUUUCAACCCUGUGAUAUAUAUUGCGAUAUUAAAAAAAUAGGAAUUUUCACCAGAUGACCUGAAAAGCAUUUAAUGUUAUACUGCACUGCUGAAAUCUUGAGGACAGUUAAUCUGCACUGAUCUUACCUCUUUUUGUGAAUGUUAGAAUGGCUUCUGUCUGUCUCAGAGAUAUUUUUAGCUUUUAUUGUGCUGGGACGUUAUUGUGGAAAUAAUUCCAGAUAACUGACGUUCCUUUUCUUUUUGGCAACAAAUCUUCAUUUUCGGUGGUUUUCUCUUGUUCGUUGUUCGUUGCUCAAACAGGAGCACAAUUCUUGAAUGGUGAAGUUCUUGUGUUUGAUUGAUAAAAGAAAAGCAACUAAUCCACACGACCUUCCAAGUUUGGCACCUUUGCUUGAGUCAACUCUGAAUAAUCUCUUUUUUCCAGAUCCUACUGUGUGAUUCGUGUGACAGCGGGUACCACACAGCCUGUCUGAGACCUCCUCUCAUGAUCAUCCCCGAUGGAGAGUGGUUCUGUCCGCCCUGUCAGCAUGUACGUACAACCAGAGAGCCACAAAUACCAAAGAAAGGAAAAAUGAGGCUUCAACAAUAUAAUAAUAAUAAUAACCCCUUUUGUUUUUCCUCUGUGCAGAAGCAGCUGUGCGACAAAUUAGAGGAGCAGCUCACGAACCUCGACGCUGCUUUGAAGAAGAAAGAGCGAGCGGAGAGACGGUGAGACUUUGAGUCUGAACAGACUGUAAAAGCAGCGUGUUUGAGGCUGGAGAGCGCAGGAUCUUUUUCAGUGAAAAUAUAGAAAUAUUAAUGACACAAUGCCGCAAAAAGAAAAGCUGUUUGGCUUCCACUUGACAAACCAUGAUUUAUCUUCUUGGCUCGCAAGCAGAUAAUCGCCGUGGCUAAAGCACAGCUCCGAGCCAUAUUUAACAAAAACCCCUCUGCUUUCCAACCAAAUAGGUUCAUUUGCCAAACUAGAGAAAGGAAACAGGCUGGUGCCUUUUUUUCUUUCAAAGGUUUGCUUAUUUGCUUUACUUCAGGCCGAUUAACCGUGAAAUUGGACUGAAAACAACAGUCACUGGCAAAGAAAUUUCCUUUUGGCUGUUUUUAAUUCGAUCAGACUAAGUUCUUGUACCAGAUUUCCUCUCCAAUAAAACAUGGAGCUACACAGUUCCAGGUUAGAAACACAUCAGUAAUGUACAGUUUUUAGUUAAAACACAGCUGAGAAAACUGCUCCUCUGUUGAUUUUUGGAUGUCGUUGUUCUUCUCUCAAUGUCUUGAUAUCGUCCACAGGAAAGAGCGUCUGAUAUACGUCGGAAUCAGCCUCGAAAACAUCAUCACGCCCUCGGUACGUUCAACCCAGUGACUGUAUUUCUGCCAAUGAAAUGCCUAAGCUCGAGUAUUCAGACUGUGAACUCUCUCUUUCCUCUCAGGCGGAGGUUGAGGAGGAGAAGCCUGACAUCCUGGUCAAAGAGAAGAAAGAAGCGAAGAAGGUCAAAAGUUGGGGCCGAAGGUCGACAAGAGCGAAGAAAUCCAUCAGCUACAGGUCCCACAUCCACUUUGUUUGGUUACGGUUGCUGAGGCUGCAGAUCGAAGCUGGUGUAUUAAGAUUGUUGAUUUUCUCCGUGUUAGAUUUGAUGAAUUCGACGAGGCGAUCGAGGAGGCAAUUGAGGAAGACAUCAAGGAAGCAGAAGGUGGAGGUAAGAUGCCAAAGACCUGCGUUUGACUGUCAAAUAUAUAACACCUAAAACAAAGUGUAACCGAAGAACAAAACAGUCCAGCACAGACCCGUCACUCAACCAAGCUUUAAUGAUAGAGCACCUUUCAUAGAGGAAAGUAGACCACACUUAAACAAAGCUGACAACAACAUCAUGAAGGUUGGUGGUAGAUUUAGGCUCCAGUCAGCUUCAGUGUCUAUCCAAGGUUCUGGGUUCCUCAAACUGGUCUGGUCCACCUACAAGAAGAAACAAGUUGGUCUUUAUUCUCAAAGACGGCUCAGGUCUUUCUCUGUGUGCAGACUUCUUUUGUGCACCUCAAAGAGUUAGCCAGCAUGGUGAUGUUGUGUUUUACCAGGUUAACCUUUUUCUGUAUGUUUACUUGUUUCCUUUAAAGUAUUUCUGUUUGAUUUUUGUGAAGUAUUCUCUUAAAGCUGAUGAGUCAAACUUGAGUUAUCUCCUGUCCUGUACACGUGAAAGCAGUCAUUUCAGACGAAAACUUCGUUCUGUUAUUGCUGUUUUUUGUGUUCAGGCCAGUUUCAUAUUAAGAACCUAAAUGGACAAUAUUAAGCCGAGUACAGAGGGGAAAAUGCUGCACUGGUGACAAGUGGAAAUACACCGUUAAAACCUGUCAAACUGAUUCAAGCGUUUGUUGGGGAUGCACCGAUCUGAUAUUUGAUAUCGGUAUCGACCCCAAUACUGAAGAAAAUUCUAGAUCCGGUUUCGUGACAAUGGGCCCGAUGCAUAGGGGCCAAUCUAUUCAGUCUAACUCUAUGUUAAGUGCUGUGAGUGGCACCCACAAGUGAACACGCUGAGCAGAUGCCCACAUUGUUUUCAAAAUGGAGCCUACAAGCUCGACGGCCACUUGCGAUACCUGCGCAGUAAAUGUUCCGAGGGGCAGUGGUAAAACUUCAGGUUACAACAAAAAGUAAUUCAGCGCGGCUUUUCUGUAUCAGCAUUGGAUCGGUAUCGGCCGAUACUAAACUGUAGAUAUCUGUAUCGGUAUCAGAGGUGCAGAAAUAUCUUUUUUAAAAAUGUGAAUUUUAUUUUUAUUUUAAUUUUUUUAUCAGAGGUGCAGAAAUAUCUUUUUUAAAAAUGUGAAUUUUAUUUUUAUUUUAAUUUUUUUUGCAGGAGCUGGUCGGGGUAAAGACAUGGCCAACAUCACAGGUCACCGAGGGAAAGAUAUAUCUACCAUCCUACAAGCUGAGGAGGGGAAGGAGAACGGCCGUCCGCCUCGAUUGUCCGCCGGGCAGCGCAGGAAAAAACGCAGGCGACUUAAUGACCUGGACAGCGACAGCACUGUGGACGAGGAGGAGAGCGAGGAAGAGUUCAGACUCAGCGAAAGGUAAAGAGUUCAGAGUGGUACGCAUCUCUCUAUUUGAGUCUGACUGUAUGUGUUUUUACAUCACUGGAACUUUUCCUGGUCUGGCUGCAGUUCAGAGGAAGAGUUCGUGGUGUCUGACAACGACUCGGAGGCCGAAACAGAAGCAGAGUCGAACAACAGCGACAUGGCUAGCAACAGCAGCGGGCGGCAUCGCUCUUCUUCGCGGAGAUGGACUCUACCGACACGGCAACGGAGCUCCAGGAAGCGGCGAAGACCGAGGGGGUACUCGGACGAUGAAGAGGACGAGUCAGAUGAAGACGAGGAGGAGGAAAUCGGUAAGUUAACUCGGUGUGAUAUUCUUUAACCCGUUAUUAAAAAUAUUGCGUUCACUCGUUCAUUCAUUUUGCGUGUGUUUCCCUAGCGACCGAAGGCUCCAGCGAGUUCAGCGACAGCGAUCUGGACAUGAGCCGACGGCGGUCACGGCGGAGUCAGAAGAAGCAAGUCAACUACUGCGAGACGUCCGAGUCGGAAGGCUCUCAGGCAGAAACCAACAAACCCAAACUGAAACCCAGACGUCUGAAAGACAGCUCCGACAGUGAAGGUCAGAAACGCUCUGAGAGUGUGAGCAGCUGGCAGAAGCUCAGGACUUUGACCUUUUGCUUUGAUCCUGCAAGGCUUGUCAUACUAAUGAUGUCCCGUCCGCCUUAAUCCUGCAGGGAAAACCUCGCUGAGAUGAUAUUUGUCUUUCUCUUGAGCAAAGUGAAGCAGAUAUUUCUUUCAGAUUAUAUCCCCAGAAAAAAAAAUCACAAUCAUUUCAGCACCACGGACAGAGACGGAAUUUAUUCAUUAUAAAUUUAUUCGAUUGGACCUGAAGCAGUUUGUUGUUUCACCGCACCUUGCUCAUUGCUUGUUUGGUACUCACACUCAGACGUAUGCUCACAGAAGAAAAGCUGAAAUCUGGACGUUGUGACAGGAAUGAAGAUUAUUCAGUGAGACAUUUCAAAACUGGUGUUCCCUGAAAAUCCUGUUUUACAAAAGUUAAAUUGAAAAAAAGCUUUGAAUCAGAUUUUACCAGCUUUAUUUCCUCUGCCAGGCUCUUCCCCACUACAGUCACUUUAUAGAGUCACUUUAUGUGUCGAGUCUGGACUGUGAGUGAAGAAGCAUUUCUUGAAGGGCCAAAGCUCAGCUCAGUUUGUAAAGAUUGCUUCAUUCAAGUGUUGUUUUCGUUGACGAAAAUAUUUCAUCAACAUCAUUGUCAAUGAAAACAACACUGCAGGAUAUAGGUUUAGCGUUUGACUGACGAAAUGCUCAUGAAUUUUGCGACUCUGUUCGUCGUCCAUCACUAACGUUUUCAUUAGGGGUGAGCCAAAAAAUCGAUUCACACAAGAAUCGUGAUUCUAAUUUACUACGAUUCAGAAUCUAUUUAAAAUGUCCCUAAAUAGUUUUUAAAAGAUUAAACAUCCGCUGCCUGUCCGCCUCCAUUUUGGAACUACGCUGGACGUCCUGACGUAAUCACGCAGCCGGUUCUGGAACGCACUCACGCGCAGAAGGCACCAAAACAAAGGGAAAUACAAAUCAUGGAGGAAAAGGAGAUCCAACCGGCCCAGUCUUCACUGAAAGCUAAAGUUUGGCGUCAUUUCGGAUUUUACCGAAUGCCCAGACACACUAAGCUAGACAUGACGCAGGCAGUGCGCCGACAUUGUAAAACGAGAAUCAAGCAUUUGGGCGACACGACGAAUGCGCGGGAAAAUCGAAAAUCUAUUUUUUAAUCGACUCGUGGCUCCAAAAAUCGAUUGAAUCGAAUCGUUAGACAGUAAAAGAUUCCCACCUCUAGUUUUUGUGUAGUCUCAUCAACUUAAACGCACAUUCGUCUCGUCACAUUUGAGUCAUCUAAGACUUCUGUUAAGCUCGUCAACUUCACGUCUUCAUCGUGGAAAAAAAGGGGCGUUGACGAAAUAUUUUUGUCAACGAAAACAACACUGCUUUAUUUCUUGGAAAUGUUUAAAGGAGAGUAACAGUAAAGGAGGAGAUAAUUUAUCUGAGGUGUCUUUUUUUUGUCUUUUUCAGCGAGUUUCCUCUCUAAGGACUCAGAGGAGGAGUCGAGGGAUCGGAGGGUGAAGAGGAGAGCCGACUCCUCAGAGGAAGAUUCCCGGCAGCGGCGCAGACGCCUCGCACUGAAACGCCGGAGAGCUUCUGAAAACGACGACUCGGACGACGACUCGGACGACGACUCAGACGAAUCUUCAGAGGAGGACCGUCCCGUCAGAAAACGAGUGAACCGCAUCGACUCAGACGACGACGACGACGACGAGGAAGAGGAGGAGAAACCCAAGGAGAAGAAGGCAGCUGACAAAGCAGACGAGGAGUCAAAGGGAACAAACCCAGCGGACUGCAAUCCCACGAACGGACAGACGCCCAUAAAGAGCCUCGAGGGCCUCAUCAGCCGGCCUGCUGCUGCUGCUCCAGGCCUCGGUCCACAUCUGGAAACAUCCAAAAACGUGAGUGCCACACCAGCAGCUGCCAUCGCACCAAACGGACUGGUCAGCCAGGAGAUGGCAGCACAGGACGAUGACGAAGACGACCUUUUAGGAGUCACAGACCUGGUGGACUACGUCUGCAAUAACGAAGAUUUGUAAAAACAAAAACGGUGUAAUGUUUCAUUUUUUUGUGGUAAUGUAUUUUUAUAUUGCUUAACUUUAUUAUUCCCUCCCCACACCAACACCUGUGUCAUCCUCUUCAUCAUUGUGUCAUCAGAUACCGGUUUAGCUCUCUCCCAAUCAUCCAGCUCCACUGCCAAACACUUCCUUCCUCUGGUAACGUGUCGUUCAUUUCUCCGCUUCCAUCGAUUCUUUUCUUCUUUCUUUCACAGCCGACAAGUUUUACUUUUGCUCUCUGAUGAGAAAUCGGCACUGAAACGGUUCGUUGUGUGGGUACCAGAUAAACUGCCUAUUUGAAUAAUGAAAGACUGAGAUCUUGAACAUUGUUAGGAGCAAAAUCAAUCAUUCCAUAUUUAAUUAGAAGUUUUUGGCAUGUGUCAAAAGAACAUUGUGGUUUUUACAUUUUUAGAUUAAAGCGAUAGUUUGAGAUUUGGAGGAAAGGCUUAUGUAAUGAUAUCAAGCUUGAGAGUUGGGUGAGAAGAUUGAUACGCGUUUACAUGAGUGAAAUGAACACAAAGCUGCAGCCAAUAGCAGACCUUUAUCCACAGUCACUCUUGAACCGAGCUGCAGGACCAGGACAGAUAGGCGACUCUUUUAAAGUGCAGCUUCUGUAUAUUUUCGGCCUUGUUAUCAUCAUAAUCUGCUUUUUUUCUGAUUCAUCUUAAAAUGUAAAAACCCUUGUAAUCCAAAAUAAUUCAAGUGUGAAGCAUUUAAAGUUGUCAUUUCUUUCCGGGCUGUAGUUUAUCUGCAAAGACCGUAAUUCUUGUAAUAUUUGUGGCCUGAAAAAUUUAAAAUUUGACAAAGUUCACCCGCCAUCAACUUUGAAAUGCAUUGAUUUGCAUUGUAGUUAUCAUUAGUAAUAUAUGCACAACCAUGAACUUUAAUCAUGAACUUUUUUUAAACUAAAUUAUUGAUUUUACAUUCCUGAUUUGUGUUGGGCUUUUUAGCAUUUUUAGCCAGAGCGAGGCGACCCGUCGGCUCCUGUUUUAGGUUUUUAAGAUAAGCUAAGUCGGCUUUUACUUUAUAUCGCGCUGAAAGGCUUGUGUUUUGACAAUUUUAGCUUUUCUCUGAUUGAAUAUUGGCACUGAAAAGGUUCACUGCGUGGGUCAAAAAGCUGCAUUUUCACAUGAACGGCGUCAAUCUUCUUACCAAACCCUGCUGCAGAGAGUGAACAAGCAUUCUUCCCAAAAAUAUCACACGUUUCUUUUAUUCUGGCUUUUGUUUUAAUACUCAUAAAUAUGGUUUCAUGAGACUAUUCAUCCAUGUCGAUUAACCUUCUAGACUCAAAACUAGUCGACCAACGUUCAUCCGUCAGCCCUCCUCUUGUGCUUUGUUUUUGUUUUCGUUCAAUAAUAGAAUAGCUUUUGUAUAUUGUAAACAUAUAUAAUUAUUUUAACUGUGCGCUGCCAUCGGUAUCAGUGGUGAACUCCCAGUUGUUUAAGUACAAAGUCCGUUUUGGGAAGCGAAAUCAGAAGUGAACCUAAUCUUGACAUGUAGUCUAGUUUCCUUUUAUUGCAUUUACGUUUUGUGUUUUUUUUUUUUUUUUUUUUUUUUUUGUAAUAAUGUAUUUUUUGUAUAUCUAAACUUUUAUUUGUCGUCCGUCACGGCGAAAUGUAAAGUGUCUUAUUUCCUUUGUACAUUGUCCUUCAUAGAAGGUUCAAAAACCUGCAGACUCUUAGCCUUUAUAACCACAAUAACACUAAGCUUCAAAACAGCCUCCUUUUGUUUCUUCCCCUGCUUUCAAAUGUUCAUGUUUUUAUCUACAUCCUCUUUAUUUUCAUGAUGUUGAGUUUGAGUCCAAGUUGCAUCAAACAGCCUGAAGGAUCUUGAAUCUUAAUAUCAUGAAAAGUCAAUAAUUUAGCGGACAGUAAAUAGUUUUGAAGCAAUAGUCAGGAUGCAGUUUUUGGGUUGGGGGGGAAAUGGACGGAAAACAAACAAACCAAUGACUUCACUGACCUCUGCUGGAACCAGUCUGUGUGUAUAUCUGUAGUUUUUGCUGUAAUAUAUUUAGAGGCAUUUUUUUAAUCAUGGAAAAAUAUAUUGGGCAAUUCUUUGGGAUUGCAUGAGUUUCUAAUAGUUUCUUUUUUAGGGGAGUACUAUUGGCACAAGAGUUUUUGUAACAAAACCAGAAAACUUUGGCAUGUUUAAAGGAUCUGCUGACUUGUUGCAUCAGUGCUGAAGGACUCGUGAAGUAGCAGAAUAUCUUGUCAUUUGCAGUGAAACUGCAUAGGUAAGCAUGCGCUGACCUACUAAAGGCAUGUUACAGAGGCUUUGGGAGGGGCGGGGAUUAUGGUAGAAAAAAAUCUAGGACAGCUGAAUCUGAUUUAAGAGAGUAAUCGAGGCCUGUUUGUAAAAUAUUUUGUAAAUUAAACUCAGCAUGGUCUUCACAGAGGAUAAACCACUCUAUUUAUCAUACUGUUUUGAUACUGGCCACGGCCUCAACGUGACUUCCAAGACAAAACCUAUAUGUGCUGCUUGCAGUGCACACAGCUUGGGCUUCUAUACACAAACAUGUAACUGUUAGAGUAGAUGGACAGACUAGAGCAAACCUAAUUCUACAGAUUUAAUAGAAGUGUGUGUCCUGGUGGGUGAAGUCAGAGUAAAGGACUGUGGAUGUCUAUGUGCUGUAUGUAACCCCGUUUUUGAAUCCUCCACAGAGAUAAGGAGAGUGUGUUGACGCGAAUCUCUCGGUUAUGAAAUAACUUGUAGCAAGACCCGCAUAGAGGAGAGGAGUGAUUAUAAAGGCUGCGCUGGGAUUAAGGGAGGAAGUCGGUGCCAAUGACUGAAGUGUUAACAGAGUUUCCUAUUUACCUCAUGAUGAAUCUGGGAGGAAAGAUGCAUCCUGUCCGCUGUGUAUACAUGCUAGUAGACUGGUUGUUGGUGUUUUGUCUGCUCCUUACUUUUUUGUUAACUUUACUGUUAUUUCUUAUGAAUCUGAUCUUGUACAUUUGUCAUAAUAAAAAGGGUUUUAAGCCUUACACAAUGUCAUCCUGUCUUGAUUGUACUUUUAAUACGGAUUCAAUGAAUUGGUAUUUAAAAUGUUGGUAACACUUUACUUGACGCCCAUCGCUAUAACGCAUUAUAAAUAUAUGUAUAAUGCAUUAUAAUCGUGUUAUAGCACUGUAUAACUAUAGUUAUAAACACUCAUAAAUGAUCAUAAUGCUUUAUAGCAAUAAUUAUAACACAUAAAACAUUUUAUCAUGACUUACAAGGUCAGGUAUUAUAAUGUGUUAUAACUGUAAACAACAGUUGCAUUGCAUUAUCUAUGUGGGCAUUGUCAAUGAGUUGUUAACAGUAACAGUAACAACAGUAUAAAGCAUAAUUAUCAUUAACGAGUGUUUAUAACUAUUGUUAUACUGUGCUAAAAUGUGAUUAUAACGCAUUAUACAUAUAUUUAUAAUGUGUUAUAGAGAUAAGCGUCAAGUAAAGUGUUACCAAAAUGUUUAAUGUAAAAGUAUCCCAAAACUCUCAAAAAUUAGUAAAUAUGGGUCAUUGAAGUAAAGUUACUUCUCAGAUUUAAUGUCAGGAACAGUGAGCUUUCAAUCCCAGUUACAGAUCCUAUGAGGAGUUUUUUGUUGUCAUAAAAAAGGCUGAAACUCAUAUCGAUCCUUGCUCGUAACAUCCAAAAGCAAAGGAGACCAUUGCUGACACUUCCAGCUCAUACCCCAAGAAACAGAAGGCCCUACAUCAGAUAAACCAUGUUAUGUGAUGCCUUAAAGCUCCUAUGAGGAACUUUCAGUUGGUGUUGACUUUGGUGCCCCCUUGUGGACAUAGCAGACUUUGCUUCACUUGUCCCUUACAUACUGAAAUUGCAUCUUCUGACAAAUCUCAUCAAUGUACUUUGUGAAAAUGUCAGGGCUGUUUCUUUGACUUCAAAUAGAACUUCACAUGGGAGCUUUAAUAUAAUGAUUUUUUAAAAAUGUUUGUUGUAACCCCCUCCAGAGUGUUAAAUCAGAUGGGAUUCACACCUUUGUUAUGUGUUGAAUGCAUCAUUACCGAGCUCACAACCAGAGUCAAGCAAAGCUGCUUUAACACGACACAUUACAAACUCCGCUUCGGUGACUCAAAGCUCAUUACAGGCUUUAACUGUGACUUUAGAUCAUGCAGAACAGUGAGUGAGCAGCUGAGGGUCUGAGGUUCAAGGUGUAAUCUGAGAAGAGCAAUUUUUGGACAGGGGCAGCGACCUGAAACACAAAUCUAUGGCCGUGAACUUUUUUUUUUUUUUUUUUAUGGUGUCAUUGGAGAAGUCUGUCCAGAAAUGUCAAAUUGAAGUUAACUGCAACUAUUUUAAGGAGGGUUGAGCAAAUUAAUUAAUCCAAGUUUUGAGACGCCCCCUUAGUCGGAUAGUGAAAGCAGCAGUAAUCCUACGAGCAGUCGGAUGAGCUUGGAUUGACCCA